UGUGGUGGCAGUCAAAACUUUUUUUUUUUUUUUUUUUUUUUUUGGACCAAAGUGACAAUUUGAGCGAUCCAACCGACUGCAGUUUUGUCAAAAUGAAGAGGCAUUUCAAAAUGUGAUGUGAUUAAGAGUGUACCACGUUUUGAUCCUUUUUUUUGAAAUACGAACGGUUUAGGACCCUGGGAGCCAGUUAUGGAUGCAAAUUUUACAUCGGUAGAAAGCAAAUGGAAUCCAAGUUGCUUAGCAUUUCAUUUCAGUGCAUUAAAAUGCAAGAAUGCAUUAUGGUCGCCUCAUCACAUUCCUGUCUGAAAGGUGCAUGAAGUUGAAUUUUCAUUUUGAUGUCAAGGGUUACAAAGACGGAUGUUUAAAUGUGGCAUCACAAAGCAAAUUGAAAGUUGACACUGGCGGCUGCUUCUUGCUUCUUAAGGUGAUGGGAUUUCCGUAUACUAUAAGAAGGAUUUCUUUUGAGGUAGGAUUUGAGUCAUUUCAUGUGCUUGGUAGUUGCUGCAGCAAACCUGAUAUGAUAUCAGGCCUCAUUUGGGAAAAAUGGAUUAACUUGCUGACCACUACCAGAUAUGGCGUGGCUGAGAUUAAUGUUCCUUUUGACAAGUUGGAGACAAGUAGUAUUACUAUUAACAAGCUACAAGAUUUUUGUUUAUGGGGAUGGUGGUUUAAACAUGAGACACAGAAAAAACUAAAAAUAUUUGCUGCAGCCUGCAUAAAUGUUCCUAUGACAACAUACAUGAAUCCUGAUCUUCAUAUAGAAAUUAAAAGAAAAUAAAGAGAUAGAGAGAGAAAGCUGAAACUGGUAGGACCCUAAUUUAAGGUUUGUGUAUUAUUAUUAUUAUUAUUAUUAUUAUUAUUAUUCAUCAACUGAAACAUUAACCUAAAUGGGAUCCCACCAUAUAUACCAUGUUUGAAAAUAAGAUAGGGCAGACCCACUCUGUCCAUUUUUCUU